CCACAAUGACAGACAGAAGCCCCUUCGAAACAGACAUGCUCACCCUGACCCGCUAUGUGAUGGAAAAGGGACGUCAGGCCAAAGGUACAGGGGAACUCACCCAGCUGCUCAACUCCAUGCUGACAGCCAUCAAGGCCAUCUCCUCAGCCGUUCGGAAGGCUGGCCUGGCCAACUUAUAUGGGAUUGCGGGAAGUGUGAACGUGACAGGAGAUGAGGUGAAGAAACUGGAUGUAUUGUCCAAUUCCCUGGUGAUCAACAUGCUCCAGUCUUCCUACAGCACUUGUGUCCUGGUCUCCGAAGAGAAUAAAGAGGCUCUCAUCACAGACAAGGAUAGGAGGGGCAAGUAUGUGGUCUGCUUUGAUCCACUGGAUGGUUCUUCCAACAUUGACUGUUUGGCCUCCAUCGGAACCAUAUUUGCUAUCUAUAGAAAGACCACGGAGGAUGAGCCCUCAGAAAAGGAUGCCCUGCAGCCUGGACGCAAUAUUGUGGCUGCUGGUUAUGCACUUUAUGGAAGCGCAACCCUGGUGGCUCUUUCCACUGGGCAAGGAGUGGACCUCUUCAUGCUUGACCCAGCUCUUGGUGAAUUUGUCCUGGUGGAAAAAGAUGUCAAGAUAAAGAAGAAAGGAAAGAUUUACAGCCUCAAUGAAGGAUACGCCAAAUACUUUGACUCUGCCACCACAGAAUAUGUGCAGAAAAAGAAAUUUCCCCAGGAUGGCAGCGCUCCCUAUGGAGCCCGGUAUGUGGGCUCCAUGGUGGCUGAUGUACACCGCACACUGGUCUAUGGAGGGAUCUUUAUGUACCCAGCCAACCAGAAGAAUCCUAAGGGCAAGCUCCGGCUCCUGUAUGAAUGUAAUCCUGUAUCCUACAUCAUUGAGCAGGCAGGAGGCUUGGCGACCACGGGUACCCAGCCUGUUCUGGAUGUGAAGCCUGAAACCAUUCACCAGCGAGUUCCCCUCAUCCUGGGGUCCCCGGAUGAUGUGCAGGAAUAUCUCACCUGUGUACAGAAGAACCAGGCGGGCAGUUAGUGAGUGGGACC